AUGCAUGGUGUUAAAAGGAAGCAAUGGACCCAAGAACUGUUGAAGCAGAAGAAAGAACAGGAUCGUAAGAGAAUUACUCAGUAUAGGGGGUUAGUGGAUAAACUACUGGAUUCUAGAGACUCUAAAACGUACAAUAUGGAAGUCUUCAAAGAAACAACCCAACUACUGAGGAUAAAUCCAGAGUACAAUGCAGGAUGGAACUAUAGAAGGGAUAUUAUAGAACACUUAUCGCCUGAAUUGAAACACGAGUUCUGGGAAGACGAAUUGGCAUUUAGUAUGGCAUUAUUGAAAGAUUAUCCUAAGGUAUAUUGGAUUUGGAAUCACAGAAAAUGGACUCUAGAAAACCAUAUAGAUAAAUCGGUUAAAAUAUGGCUAAGGGAAUUAGCUAUAGUCAGUAAAUUAUUACAGAUGGAUCCAAGAAAUUUUCACGGUUGGCAUUAUAGGAGAAUUCUUGUAGCUGAAAUUGAAGGGAGGACUGGUCAAAGCAGAGAUGGGGAAGAAUUGCAAUAUGCAAUUGAUAAUACUAAUAAAAACAUUUCUAAUUAUUCAGCUUGGCAUCAAAAAGCAACACUAAUCCCAAAAAUGUUUGAGAAAGACGAGAUUAAGGAUAAGAAGAAAUUUAUACAAGAUGAAUUUACUUACAUCACCAAUGCUAUUUAUACAGAUGCAGAGGACCAAUCGGUUUGGUUUUACAUUGAAUGGUUUGUUAAAAACCAUAUAGUUAUUGAUGCAUUAGGGCGUGAUGAAUUGAUCCAAAAAUUACAGGAAUUGCAAGAGAACAUCUUGGCUAUUAAUGAAGAUGAUUUACAAUUUUCAGGCAAACAGAACAACUGGUGUUUGAAGGUCUUGAUUGUACUUGAAGAUGUUCAAAGAAAUUUAAAAGUCCAAUUUACACCACACUCUCACGAAUAUUUGGCACAACUAAUUGAAGCAGAUCCCAUGAGAAAGAAUAGAUAUUUACAUCUAUUACAUAGGAAAUGA